UCCCUUCCCUCUAUUGUCUUUCUUCUACCUCCACUCUCUGUUCCUCAUUCACUGUCACACUCACAUUGCCUCCCCACCAUGAAAAUGAUCACAGUUUCCUUCUGAAUCUCAAUCUCAAUCUCAAUUCACCUCUCUCUAUCUCUCUCAGAAUCUUCCUAUUCAAUUCAUGGCCACGACUUCACCUCUGCUCAUACCUCAACUCCACUUUCUAUCUCCUCAACUCACCUUCAACCGCCGUCUUUCUCUCUCUAAACUCCCCCUCCUCUCUUCAACCACCACCAGAAUCCGCGCCGUCGGUAAGGAACCGGCGUUGGCCGAGCGACUGAACGACGUAGAGUGGACCGGAAACGGAGUCGCCGGCUCCAAUAGCAAUGGCGCUGUGGAUGGAUACGUUAACGGCGAUGGAAACGGCGUCGCGGCGGAAACGGAAACGAAAACGGAAGUUGAAGCUUCCAUGAUAAGCGAGGAUGGGAGGAAGAGGAGGUUGGAGGAGAUUGGGAAAGAGGAUGCGUGGUUUAAGCAAACUGUGAAAGAAUCGGUUCAGGUUGCAGUUGCACCUGGAGGUCGUUGGAGCAGGUUCAAGGGUUACUCUACAAUACAGAGGACCUUGGAAAUUUGGGGAUUUGUUGUGAAGUUUAUCUUUAAGGUUUGGCUGAGCAACCAGAAGUUUAGUUACAAAGGAGGAAUGACUGAGGAAAAAAAGACCUUAAGACGGAAAACCCUUGCCAAGUGGCUGAAGGAAAGCAUUUUGAGAUUAGGUCCAACGUUCAUUAAAAUUGGCCAGCAAUUCUCCACUAGGGUAGACAUUCUUCCUCAAGAAUAUGUUGACCAGUUGUCUGAACUUCAGGAUCAAGUUCCUCCAUUUCCAUCGGAGACUGCUAUAGCUAUUGUUGAAGAAGAGCUUGGAGCUCCUGUAAAUGAUAUCUUUGACCAGUUUGAUUAUGAACCAAUAGCUGCUGCAAGUCUUGGUCAGGUUCAUCGUGCAAAAUUGAAGGGACUGGAGGUUGUUGUUAAAGUGCAAAGGCCUGGUCUCAAGGGUCUUUUUGAUAUUGAUCUUAAAAACCUGAGGGUUAUUGCUGAAUACCUUCAAAAACUUGAUCCAAAAUCUGAUGGUGCAAAGAGGGAUUGGGUUGCUAUUUAUGAUGAAUGUGCCUCUGUCUUAUACCAGGAGAUUGAUUACACAAAGGAGGCUGCUAAUUCAGAAUUGUUUGCAAGUAACUUUAAGGGCAUGGAUUAUGUGAAAGUUCCUACAAUAUACUGGGAUUAUACCACGCCACAGAUUUUGACAAUGGAGUAUGUUCCAGGGAUUAAAAUAAACAAAAUACAAGCUUUAGAUCAGCUGGGUGUUGAUCGCAAAAGGUUAGGGAGAUAUGCGGUUGAGUCAUACUUGGAACAAAUUCUAUCACAUGGUUUCUUCCACGCUGAUCCUCAUCCUGGGAAUAUUGCAGUUGAUGAUGUCAAUGGUGGAAGGUUGAUCUUCUAUGAUUUUGGAAUGAUGGGAAGUAUCAGUCCAAACAUCCGAGAAGGUUUGCUUGAAACAUUUUAUGGAGUUUAUGAGAAAGAUCCCGAUAAGGUUCUUCAAUCAAUGAUUCAAAUGGGCGUUCUUGUCCCUACUGGAGACAUGACUGCUGUUAGGCGAACAGCACAAUUCUUCCUUAACAGUUUUGAGGAGCGUCUGGCUGCACAAAGGAGGGAAAGAGAAGAAGCAACAGCUGAACUUGGAUUCAAAAAACCAUUAAGCAAGGAGGAAAAAAUAAUGAGGAAGAAACAACGUCUGGCUGCUAUAGGCGAGGAUUUAUUAUCCAUUGCAGCAGACCAGCCCUUCCGAUUUCCUGCUACGUUCACAUUUGUUGUUAGAGCUUUCUCAGUAUUAGAUGGCAUCGGAAAGGGCCUCGACCCACGUUUUGACAUUACUGAGAUUGCCAAGCCUUAUGCUCUGGAGUUGCUAAGGUUUCGUGAAGCGGGGGCUGAGGUUAUCCUAAAGGACUUUAGGAAGAGAUGGGAUAGACAAUCUCAAGCAUUUUACAACUUAUUUAGACAGGCUGAUAGGGUUGACAAGCUGGCUGCAAUUAUCCAAAGGCUGGAGCAAGGUGAUCUAAAGCUCAGAGUUCGAACUUUAGAAUCCGAGAGGGCAUUCCAGCGCGUUGCCGCUGUCCAGAAGACUAUAGGGAAUGCAGUAGCUGCUGGAAGCCUCGUAAAUCUUGCGACAAUUUUGUAUCUCAAUUCAAUUCGCGUGCCUGCAAUUGCAGCAUAUGUAUUCUGUGCAUUCUUUGGUUUUCAAGUGCUCUUGGGCAUUGUAAAGGUCAAGAAGCUAGAUGAAAGGGAACGACUGAUUACAGGGACCGCAUAAACAAGUAAUAGGUUUGCUUGGACGGAUUGCACAAACUGGACCAAUGUGUACCAUAUGUUAAAGCCAUGUUAACGAGUCAACCUUCAGAACAUGGAAGGGAUAAUGACUUUGGGAGCUUGCAGAAGAAAGUAAUACCCAACAUUUCAGAAUGCAUCAGCAGCUACAAAAACUUUCAACUAACAAAUUUGGUGAAGGCUUUUCCUGGCAACGGGUUAGUGUUCAAAAGAGUGUGUUGUUAGCAUUUCUCAAAUAUCAAUCGGGCUCUGUGAUAGCCAAUUGGCUACCCAAAACAAAACAAAGUUACAAAAUUACAAAUUUACAAUUAAGUCAUUGCUGCUGCAUAGUAAAUUUUAUAGUCAUAAUGUAGCAGUUGUAUAUAUAUCACUGUUAACAUCCCACGCUUGAAUUUUUAAUUGGAUUCUGUCAUGAUUUGUGACAUUUUUUUUUUUGACUAUGUAACAUCCCACUCUUGUUGUAAUUAAUUACUAUAUUGUCUAAUGCAGCUUCCCACAAAAAGUUAAAGGGGAAGCUUUGCCUGAAAUUGACAUAAUAAAUUUGUUCAAUAAAA